ACCCCAUUGGUCCAUUCGCAGAGUCUGGAAUUUCGAGAUAAACCUAAAACGGGAUGUGUGAUGCUGAUUAUUUUCCCUGCAGUUCCAUCUGACUUCCGCAACCAGACGAUAUACUGCUAAUUGUUGGUGAUUUAUUAGUUACUUGUUAAAAGUGGAAGUUUUGUGGUUGCAAAUAUUGAGGAUAUAUACCUAAAGAAUCAAUGCCUAUGAUAACAUUUCACUCGAGCAGUCCAGCGGACGUGGAGUGGUCAGUUGAUGGAGAUAACACGGAUUACAGUGCAUCAUCAUCACCAAAUGUAAGAAAAUUCAAUCAUCAAGAUCAGGAUUCGUUAUCUGACGAUGAUGAUUUUUCCGAUGAGUUUUCAAUCAUAGACAGCGACGACGAAAAAAGAGCAGAGGCAAGAUUUAAUCACCACCACGUUGUACAGACUUCUUUGGAACCUACAAGGGGAGUCGUAAAGAAGAUUUUCACCAACAGCAGGGAAAGAUGGCGUCAACAAAACGUAAGUGGAGCCUUUGCGGAACUAAGAAAACUGGUCCCAACCCAUCCACCAGAUAAAAAGUUGUCAAAAAACGAAAUUCUUCGAAUGGCUAUAAGAUAUAUUCGUCUAUUGACGAAUGUUUUGGAGUGGCAGAAAAGUAACACAAGCUCCAUACAAGUCCACGUGAAAUGUGAAGAUAUUUCUUCCAUAAUACGCCAACAAGGCAUCGGGAAUCAAACAUUAAGAACUAGAGCGAGGUUAAGAAGAAACCAUAUUCAAGCCCCUGUAUGCGACAAAAAUGGAAACAAUUUGUUGAUGAUAGCACCCAACAAUCAUCUACCAUUCAGAAGAUCCAUAUUCAUAGACAUGCCCAUCAUUCAAAGCCAAAACAUCGUAAAAAUGGAAAGCGAUGAGGCCAAAAAAGACGAAGACAAGAAUUAAUUAAUUACCUAAUUAAAUUUUAAGUCUAGCUGUGCAAUAUUUGUUGUUUUUAUUUAAUUCGUUGAAAUAUAUUUACGUCCCG